AUGGCAUCCUUCGCCAACCCCACGCAGAUCUUUGCGGACGAUGUUAUCGAGGAGAAAGGAGAGAACGCCCGUCUCUCGGCCUUCGUCGGUGCUAUCGCCGUCGGAGACCUUGUCAAGAGCACAUUAGGUCCCAAAGGAAUGGACAAGAUCUUACAAUCAGCGUCUACCGGAGAAAUCCUCGUUACAAAUGACGGAGCCACCAUCCUGAAAGCGAUUGCCCUCGAUAAUGCCGCCGCAAAAGUUCUAGUCAACAUCUCCAAGGUCCAGGACGACGAGGUCGGUGAUGGCACAACCUCCGUGACGGUAUUGGCCGCGGAGCUGUUGCGGGAAGCCGAGAAGCUGGUAAACCGCAAGAUUCACCCCCAGACUAUCAUCGAAGGAUACCGCAUCGCCAGCCGUGCUGCUCUAGACGCUCUUGAGAAGGUUGCCGUUGACCGCAGCGAUGACAUGGAGAAGUUCCGCAAAGACCUCCACUCGAUUGCCCGAACCACCCUUAGCUCCAAGGUCCUGGCUCAGGACCGCGACCAGUUCGCUACUCUUGCCUGCGAUGCCGUUCUCCGACUUCGGGGAUCAACCGACUUGAGCCACAUCCAGAUCAUCAAGAAGGCUGGUGGAAAGCUCAGCGACUCUUACCUCGAUGAAGGUUUCAUCCUCGAUAAGAAGAUCGGUGUCAACCAACCGAAGCGCCUUGAGAACGCUAAGAUUCUUGUUGCAAACACAGCCAUGGACACAGACAAGGUGAAGAUCUUUGGUGCUCGAGUAAAGGUCGAGUCGACAGGGAAGUUGGCGGAGCUGGAGAAGGCAGAGCGUGAGAAGAUGAAGGCCAAGGUCGAGAAGAUCAAGUCACACGGCAUCAACUGCUUCGUUAACCGACAACUCAUCUACAACUGGCCCGAGCAGCUGUUCACCGAGGCCGGCAUCAUGUCCAUUGAGCACGCCGACUUCGACGGCAUUGAGCGCCUGGCGCUGGUUACGGGCGGUGAGAUUGCCUCGACCUUCGACCACCCAGACCAGGUCAAGCUUGGUUCAUGUGAUCUCAUCGAGGAGGUCAUCAUUGGUGAAGAUACCCUCAUCAAGUUCUCCGGUGUGGCCGCUGGCCAGGCCUGCACAAUUGUUCUCCGCGGUGCUACGGAGCAGCUUCUCGACGAAGCUGAGCGUUCGCUCCACGAUGCUCUGGCCGUGCUGUCUCAAACCGUCAAGGAACCUCGUGUGACUCUUGGUGGUGGAUGCGCCGAGAUGGUCAUGUCUAAGGCCGUUGAGCAGGCCGCCCAGAACACCACGGGCAAGAAGCAGCUCGCUGUCGACUCAUUCGCACACGCUCUCAAGCAACUCCCCACAAUUCUCGCCGAUAACGCCGGUCUCGACUCAAGUGACCUUGUUACUCGGCUGCGACAGGCCAUUAACAACGGCCUGACUAACUCUGGGCUGGAUCUGCUCACACCUGGUGGCGGUAUUGCCGAUAUGCGUGAGUUGGGUGUCGUAGAGAGCUACAAGUUGAAGAAGGCUGUUGUGUCGUCUGCUUCGGAAGCUGCAGAGCUUCUCCUCCGUGUGGACAAUAUCAUUCGCGCCGCUCCUCGUCAACGCACCCGGAUGUAA